UUGACCAUGAAGGCAACUGGCAUUUUCCUGCUCCUCUCCCUGGCACUCUGUUGCUACCAAGGAAUUGCUGAGGCGAAUCGAGCUGCUGGCAGAGGAAGAGAGCCAUCCUGUGACAAUUUCAACCUAAGCAGAGGUUGUUCAAGGAACUUUGAACCCAUCUGUGGCACGGAUGACGUCCUGUACAGCAACGAGUGUCUGUUGUGCCUUCAUAACCGGCAAAGGGGCGCUAGUGUGCGCAUAAAGCACAGAGGAAUGUGCCAAAACCCCAAUGCACGCUCCACUGACUAA